GCAAAAGAUUGCGAAUAAAUAAAAAAUAUAAAUUUUAAUCUGAAACAAAAAAGUUUUUAAAAUGUCCCUGAUACCGUUCAUUUUGGAUUUGGCAGAUGAACUCCAUGAGUUUAGCCGUUGCUUGGCCAAUGGUAUAGAUAUAAAUGACUUUGGUUUUGGUCUCUAUACUGGCACGGAUCAACAACAGCCACAACAGCACCAGCAACAACCACAGCAGCAACAACAACAGCAGCCGCAAACCAGUCCCAGACGUAGUCGCACCUCAUCUUUUUCCUCGUUUUGGAUGCCCUCGAAACGCCAUCAUCCAUACAAUCGCAUAAAGACGGCCUGCUGUGCCAAGUCUGGCGAGGAAGCGGUCGCAGUCACUCCGGAAAAGUCGGAUGCUGGCUCCUCGAGCAUUGGUGGUACGCCGGGAAAAUCGGCCUCGUAUUCGGUGGUCAACAAGAAUGGCUUCCAAGUGAGCAUGAAUGUGAAGCAAUUUGCACCGAACGAACUGUCGGUGAAAACAAUCGAUAACUGCAUUGUGGUCGAGGGCAGACAUGAUGACAAAGAAGACGGUCAUGGCGUCAUUUCGAGGCAUUUUGUACGCAAGUAUAUGCUGCCAAAGGGUUACGAUCCCAAUGAUGUGCUCUCGACUUUGUCUUCGGAUGGUAUAUUGACGGUAAAGGCACCACCACCACCACCGCCGACUGCGAAAAACGAUGAACCCAAUGAGCGGAUUAUAGAAAUUCAGCCGACCCCAGGACCAACCCCAGUGUUGGUGGUGUCUGCAAAGGAAACACCAGCAAAAGAAACAUCGAAAAAGUUAGCAACAACGCCAUCGGCUCGUUUGGAGUGUCAGUUACCCGAAAAGAGACAAAAGCUGGAUUUACCCCCAGAACCCGAGCCGGAGGAGUCUGCAGAGACAGCACCAGCCCCAAUACCACCAGCAACAGCCACAGUUACCGAAACCGACUCAGCAUCAGCAUCCGUCGCUGUAGCAGGAACAGAAGUUGAAUCCAACGAUGUUGACAUGGAAAAAGCCGAUGAACAAAUCAACGAAGUUGUGCUCAAACAGACGGAACAACAACAACAACCACAACAACAAACAUCAGAUGUUGAGGGUCCCGAGAAUGAGGUAGAGAAAAAAGCUGAAAUCAUUGAACAAAAUGAAAAGGAGCAGAAGCAGAAGCAGGGUAAAAUUGGAACUGAAACUGAGAAAAAAUUGUUGGAUGAGUGCAUGUCCGAUUCGAAUGGAGAUUCAAAAAUUGCUGCUGAAAAAAUGGAGGAGUCUAGUAGUGUUACAGAAGCCACAGAAGAAAAUACAGAGAAAACCAACGAGACUACUCCUGCUGCCGCUAAAGUGUUAGAGAGUGCUGAAGAAUCCAAUGUAACCAAAAUGGAGGUAGAUGAUGAUGGUGGUGAUAAUGAUGGCCAUGAUGAUGUUGAGGAAAAAACAGACAAUACAGAAGUUGUUGUUGCCACGAUUAAAACGGCUGAUAGUGAAACAAAAACGGCUGUUAAAGCAGCUGCUGGCGCUGACUCUGCAAAAAAGAACACAGAUAAAGAAAAAACCAAUAACACAGACACUUCCAGCAGCAGCAGCAACACAUCAACCACCACCACUACUACCAACAAUAACAACAAUACCAGCACAAACAGCAACAGCACCACUACCAUCACUAAUAACUCUUCCACUGAAUCCACUGUCACCGAGAACUCUGCCAACGAUGUUAAAGGUGGAAAUGGUGUUGUAACCGGCGACAUUCCAGUCGAUAUUCCCAAAUCUACCGACAGUGAUGCCGCCAACACAGCUACAGCUAAAACUAAAGCCUCGGCUGAAAGCAGCAAGGCUGAAUCUGUGGCUGAGGCAGAGAAUGAUAUGGAAACAGCUGUAUUGGGUACUGACACAACAACAACAGCAACUACAAAAAAUAUUAUUGAUGAUGUUGCUCUACUGAAAGCUGCAACAGCUGACCCAGCCGAUAUAACAGACAAUGCAGAGGAAAAUGUUAUACUCACCGAAUCCAUGGAUGGCAUAACAACCACAAACACAACAAAUACGAACACAACCACAACCACUGUCGACAAUGUCGAGUGUUCGCUGUUUGCUAAAAAAUCGCAUUUAGGUAAUGGCAACAAUACAACAGCAACACCACUGGUGGGUACCGAAGAAAUGGCCAAUUAAAAAUGUCUACACUUUUAUUUUCCUCCAACACUUUCCCUUACCCAAAUCCUAACACACCCCCUCACCACCCCUCCCAAACAACCAACAACACAUAAAGAGACUUAGAAUGCAAAUCAGAGCCACAGCAAUAGAGAAAUAAUGCUGAAAAACUGAAAAUCUAUAAUGAAAUUUUAGAACAGAAAAACAGAAGAGGAACUGAAAAGAGUAUUUGGACACUCUUAUACGAGUUACUCAAAAAAUACAACAACUACUUAUACUAUAGUACUAAACUCUAAGAAAGACAAAAAAAUCUACAUGUAGUAGCAAAAAAAAAAACUGAAAAAAAUAUAAAAUAAACUGCCUACAAAAUGUUAGAAGCAGCAGCAGCAGCAGCGGCAGUGGAUGCUUUUUUUAAAACAAAUAAAAAAUAUAUAUUAUUAUUAUUAUAAUUACAAUUAAAUUCGUUUCUUAUUUGUGAACUUUUUCUUAUUGACGAAUACUAUUUCAUUGGCUAUGACGAGAGUAUGAACGAACGAAUGAAUGAAUCUAAACGAUUUAGCAGCCGAUUUUCCUAUAUUUUACAAAAAAUGUAUACCUAACUUUUUUUGAAAUUUUAUUUUAUUUUUUUUUUUAAUAAUUUUCUAUAUAUUUAAGUACAAUAGUUUCCAUAAUGAUAAAAUAAUAAAAAUAAUAUUAAUAUGAUAAUAA